GGACGGACGACACGAGCGGCCGCACCCCGCGCCCGGCCCCCACCCCCGGCGCCCGCGUUGUCCGCGCGCCGCCCCUCUCUGCAUGGCACAAACUUUCCUCCCGGGACGCAGCACGCUGUCUCCGGGAGCCCGCGCCACGGUCGCCGCCGCCAGUUCCCCGAGCUGCCAAAAUGGGUUGUGGGUUGAACAAGUUGGAGAAGCGGGAGGAGAAGCGGCCUGGGAACAUUUACUCGACUCUGAAGAGACCUCAGGUGGAGACCAAGGUGGAUGUGGCCUAUGAGUACCGCUUCCUGGAGUUCACCACGCUGACUGCCGCGGAGCUGCCACAGUGCUCAGCCGUGAGGUUGACCUCUCUACGGGACCUGCCUGCCCAGCUCCUGGAGCUGUACCAGCAGGGCUUCUCGCUGGCCACUCUGCACCCCUUUGUGCAGCCGACACAGAGACAAGAAAAGACCCCUCUGGAGCACAUCUUUAGGGCCAUCCUGGUCAAGAAAACUGACAGAUCUCAGAAGAUGGAGCUUCACAAUGAAGGCUACAUCUUGGAAUUGGAUUGUUGCUCCUCCUUAGAACACCUGGCAGACCAAAAACUCAUCCCAGAGUUCACUAAGAAGGUGCAGGAUGCUGCCAGUCAGGGCCUGAAGUUUGUUGGUGUGGUGCCUCAGUACCAGUCCCCUGUGAACUCGGCGGGCCACAGCCCUCUCACAUUCACUACCAACAGCAUUGUGGAUUCCAGAGACAUGCAACAUGCUUGUGGGGACCGCACAUCCUUGGAGAAUGAGAACCCAAGGGCUGAGGAUGUGGGUGCUGCCCCUGCAGAGCCCAGCCUGGGCUCCACAGAGGAGGUGCCUGGGACUCAGCAGCCCAGCAGCCCCUCAGGAGAGGCCGAAGCUGGCGAGUUUCCACCACGGGGGGUGAGCUCAGUGCUCACCGGACCCCAGGGCGACCCCUUGAAUGUAUGUGAAGAGCCGCUCUUGAGGGAAUUGGAGAUCUUCGCCUUUUUCAACCGACCGAAGAGCCACCAGAAGUGCCGGCAGUACUAUCCCGUCACCAUUCCGCUCCGGGUUGCCAAGAAUGGCCAGACAGUGAGCAGUCUGGAUGCCAGCUGGCUGGAGCACAUGAGCGACCACUUCCGGAAAGGAGGCGUGCUGGUGAAUGCCGUCUUCCACCUUGGCCUGGUAAAUGAUUCCUUCCAUGGCCUGACAGAUGGAGUAUUCAUCUUUGAAGCUGUUUCCACAGAAGAUAGCAAAACCAUACAGGGCUACGAUGCUAUUGUUGUCGAACAAUGGACGGUCCUGGAAGGUGCAGAGGUGAAGACAGACUAUGUGCCCUUGCUGAACUCGCUGGCAGCCUACGGAUGGCAGCUCACCUGUGUGCUGCCAACUCCAGUCAUCAAGACUACCAGGGAAGGGAAUGUGUCCACCAAGCAGAUUGUCUUUCUUCAGAGACCGUGUCUACCUCAGAAAGCCAAGAAGAGGGAAUCCAAGUUUCAGUGGCGAUUCUCCCGUGACGAGAUACACAGCAGGCAGCUGAGGAAAUCCAAAGGUAAACUUGGCGCCAGAGACAAGCAGCAAGCAGAGGAGAACGAGAAGAAUCUCGAAGACCAGUUUCCCAAAGCCGGAGAUGGGGGAAACUUCAUGCCAGGGAGGCAGCGGUGGGGUGGGACCUCUGAUGUCAGGGAGGAAGGGCAAGGUUUGGGAGCUGUGCAGAACGGUCCUGCUGGCCACAGCAGGGUCCCAGAGGCCCCGCGGCACUCCGACCCCAGAGUGGAAGAGCUUGCUGCAGAACCCGCUCCAGCAGAGGCAAACUGAGUCAGUGAUUUGCCCUGGGCCUGGGACGUGGUGGCUAACCCCAGGCAGCUUGCUGGCAGCUGGUUUGUUAAGUGUGUUACUCUUUGGCUAGAUCUCUCCUUGCAAGCUCACCAGGCCCUGUGAGGGCUGGUCCCUGACAGUAAAGGUGUCAUAAUGACCCAGCUUUGUUAGAAUGCAAGGUCAGGCUAUUCUUUCUAGACCUCAGGGCUGGAGGCCCCGCCCUGGUCCCACUACUCCCUGAGGGAGGGUCUAGACCAUCCAGUGCCUGUACUGCCCCACAGUGCUCCAGGGUGCAUCUGGGUUAACUCCUUGGACAUCCUGACUACAAACCAAGGCUGUCACUCCAUCCCACACCCUGCUGCUCCAGGCAGCUACUUGGGGACUUUUAACCAUGAAGCCCUGAGGCUGCCCUUCCCCACCACAACCCUGCAGACUCUGCUCCUUUGGCAAAGGCAAUGACGUUGGGGAGGGGGAGGCACCGAAGCCUCCUGGCUUUUCUCAAAGUAGUCCUAUAGAUACUGGUGAUAUGGAAAGAAAGAGGUAAUUCUAUGUGCACCUGCUCUUGCAGAAUGUUCAAGAAAGUAUUCUGUGUUAGUAUUAAUGCCAAAAAAUUUUUAAGUUUUGUUUUGUAUUGAGCACAUCUAUGAUCUGUUCUGUCAUUCCAGGCACUUGGUUGGGUGCCCUCACGUGCUCUUUUCAUGGGUGUAUCAUUGGCUAAGUUGUUAACAUGUACGCUGUGUCUGUCACUUGUUUAUAGUGUCCAUAAAGUAUUGUUAAGGCUUUAGUAGAAGCAUCUGGCAAACCUUGGGGACAAAACGCCAAUUGUCUGGAUGGAAACGGUUAUCUGGAUGUCUCUUCUUUCUUGUUUAGUUACUUAAAGCAAUAAAUCAUCUGAGUUUAGA